UAAAAGUUUUUCAUGAAAAAAAUGUAUCUGUUACAAGGGGGAAAGAAGCCUCCAGGACAGCAGUGAUUUGCCUCAGCUGCACAAAGGCCAGGCCAGAUGGAACAGACUAGCCUUCAUCGAAGGCCGCAGGGAGCCCGGAGCCCCGGAGUCAAGCGUUCGGGUCACGCCUCAACCCCGAGGGGCCUGCGCAUGCUCCGCGCUGCACGCGGCGCCCACGGCCCUGCAGUGAUCCGCAGGAGCCCCGGGAUAGAGAAACCCAGAUGAAAACACAAGCCCGGUGAGAUGUUGGCCGCCUCCUCUGCUGCCCGCGCCGCCACCUCUACACGCACCAAGCCCUCUGUCCCGGAGAAGUCGUAUUUGGUCUCCCUCGAUGGACGAGACCCGGACCAUGCAGGCACCAUGAUCCCGGCGCUGCCUCCCGGGGACCCGCCGCUCAUCCUGGAGCAGCUCAGGAGCCGGGGGCCCGUUUGGCAGCUUCCGCCGGUGCUGCGUGGCCCCCUUAGACCCCAAGCCAGCUUACCAAAAUCAAGGCAGAAGGCCGAGCAUUCGGUGUCCGUACACCUGGACAAGCAGGAAUGGAAUCCUACGAUGCGCAAAAACUGAUUGCGAAGUGGCCUGAGGCAGAGCGUUUUUCAGGCAGGGACGUUGAAAGCUGGAUUUGACAGGGUUCUUUCUUAGGUGAUGGAUCCAGAACUAAACCACAUCCCCAGGCCACCAGUGGAACGAGCAACUCACGAGAUCCUGGGGGCCCAGAAGACAGCAAUGGUGCCAGUGCCCCCUCCAGAGCCCAAAGACCAGGACCCUCCAGCCCUCCAUAUCAGGGCGCUUCCCAAGAAUAUGUCCCACCCUUUUCGAAAGCUCCAUUUAAAUUAAUGGUGAAGAAGUAGCUUCGGUUACAUGGUUACAUAAGACUGCAACUUCAGAAUGAAGAUAGGCCAAGGUCUCCCUGAUUUCAGUAUUUCAGCCUUGACUGUGGGCAGUGUCCAGUUUGAACUGGGAGAGAGUCUGACUUUGGGGAAGUUGACUGUGUUGUCCCCUUCGUUGUGCUGCCAUUUGACCAGCCUGUCCAAAGGCACCACGCUCAGUAGACACUACAGAGAGAUAAAGAGACACUGCAGCAACCUGAGGUUGUCCUGAGACAAACUUUUAUACUUGAACAUGGAGACUGCACAUGGAUUUUGGGUUUGUGCUCUGGAAUACACAAAACCUACAAUGAAAGAACAUAACCAGUCCCAAAGAUAAUUUCAAAGAAUAAUGGGAAUUUAAGGGGUAGCUGGGAGUAGGGAUUUGACAGUGCUUAUUUGACAUUAUUUCUCAGAGUUGCAAACUAGAAUGUACAAACCAUUAGCAUCAGAUAGCUUGAUGGUUGAAGGUUGUUAUGACCUUCUUGCGCAUGAAUUCUUCUACCUACUUCCCUUUCCCUUGUAAGAGAUGACAAAACAUGGAACCCUAGAAUGUGUGAGGAAGCUUGGACAUCAGGUGUAAGCAAAAACAUUUGCAGGCUGUCUGUCCAGGGCCUCUUCCUGUCCUGCAAGGGCUAGUGGGUCUUGGGUGUGUUUAGUUUAUUCUCAUGUUUGUGUUAUUUAGAAAAGUGAGUGGUCAAUAAAUGGCUUCAGAUUUAUAAUAAAAUCAUUUGAUACUAAAAAGGAAAUUUCACUUGGAAUUUGUCCUAAGUAAAUAAUCAUGAAUAUGCACAAAUGUAUUUUUACAAAGAUGUUUAUGUCAAUACUAUUUAUAGUGGUUAAAAUUUUGUAGCAAUCUCCAGGCACGGUAGCUCACAUCUGUAAUCCCAGCACUUUGGGAGACCAAAGUAGGCAGAUCACCUGAGGUCAGGAGUUCGAGACCAGCCUGACCAACAUGGAGAAACUCUGUCUCUACUAAAAAUACAAGAUUAGCCAGGCAUGCUGUUGCAUGCCUGUAGUCCUAGCUAUUCGGGAGACUGAGGCAGGAGAAUCACUUGAACCCAGGAGGCGGAGGUUGUGGUGAGCCAAGAUCAUGCCGUUGCACUCCACCCUGGGCAACAAGAGCAAA